CCAUUGUAUCAUAUUUGGCUCUGGUUGGUACAUUCUUGUUAGCUCUUACUGGUUUCAUAACUCCUCUUGGCCUACAAGAUAUUACGAUAAUGAAGCCAGCACAACAACAAAGCAUGUCUUAUAUACAAGAUGAUGGACCAAUGGGAUUAGCGACAUCCCCAAGGUCAAUGUAUACUGAGAAUAGACUUUGCUUAGGCUGGCCAAAUGUUUCUUGUGUUGGAACAACACGCCUAGGGAGCGAAGGGUCGUACGCAGUUUGGAAUAUGGUAUAUGCCAAUAUUACAUCCAAGUUCACAUCGCCAGAAGGCACACAAAGCUCGCUUAAUAUACAAUUUCGAAAAUAUGCGACGAAGGUUCAAAGUGGUGUCAAUAACAAUCAAGCCGUGCCAGUGGGAGAAUUGACCAACAUACAAUCGUUUCUUCUUUCUGAUAGUAUAACGGCCGCCGAAGGUAUUGUCGUCGACAUGACCAGCACACCCGGCGUUGGGAUAGUUCAACAUACAUUUCCGUCUGACAACCAGGGUGGCCAAUGGUAUCGAGAUGUUUUGUGGUUAGAGCCUGCGACCGAAUGCGUUGACACCAACCUGACCAUCCAGUUCAAACUUUCAGACGAUCUUACAACACCAGUAAACAAUAGUAUGGUCCUCGUUGAUAAGGGUGGACUAUUUGAUCUCACUACUACUCAACCAGAUGCUUACACGGAUACUAUCGAUAACAUUGAUCUCCGUCAUCAUGCCUAUGCUGGAGCCGUGUGGGGUAACCUUGCUGUCCUAUCGGCGCUGAACGUCACAAGGAGUGCUUCCCACUAUGGUAACACAUAUCCUCUUACUCCAAAUAGCCUCAAUAAUAUUGGGUCCCUAAGUUUCAUGCCAAUUGAUUUUUUAUCCCAAAUGGCAUUUGGAAACAUCACCAGUUCUAGCUAUGCUGAACCAACCUAUGUAAAGUCAUAUUGUCAAGGUUAUAACCCAGACAGUGCUCUCAGCGCUUCAACAAGGAUGGUCAGGUGCUCCCUAAUACUAGGAGCGCCUCAUAGUGCCGAUGGAUCAGAUAUCAACAUAUUAACGGUCGACAAGGUGUUGGAGCAGCCUGUUUAUAGCUGUGCAUCCACCGUUCAAGCCAGCAUUCAGCAACUCGACAUCACGAUGGACAAGCAAAAAACAGGCAAAACACCAUACGCACAAUUACAAAUCUCUCGACAAAGCACCAAUACAUCAAUUCUAUGGGCAAUAGAGUCAACGGAUAUGACUGUUCAGGCUGAUAACCCAUAUUGGGGUCCGGUCGAGGCUAGCUUUGUCAAUGAUGCACAUCUUUAUACACAACAAUCAGAAUACCUUAUCCUGCCGGUCGGCAAAAGCGACUUUCCAUCUAUUUCUGCUGGCGUUGUAUCCCUUGAUCAACCUGAUCUCCAAGGAAGCUCUCUUCCUGCCCUCAUCUUUACGCUCAUGGAAAAUUUAUGGUUAACGCAGUCAGAAACCACCGUUAGUACAUUCGAUUUCACUGGCAAGAACGAUUGCGGUGUGCUUGCAUUGUGGCAGCAGCUCAGCAAAUCAGCAGACACCGCACCACAAAUUGUAAAAUACAUAUGGACCAAUUUAAUGGCAAACAAUGCAGUGGGGACUGGAAACUUCACGCAGGCCAAUGUAUCUCCAUACGGCAUCGGUGUCAAUUACAGCAUUCCAUACGCUAUCCCGGCUUUCAUCACUUUGAUCUACUGGACAACGUUCAUAUGCGUAAGCAUUUACCUUUUACUGCGGCACAAAGUAACUUUGAGCGAAGUUCGCAACGCCAUCAAUCACACUGCAAUUGGACGAGUGGUGGUCAACAUGAUCAACCCGUCCGCAGAUUCUCUUGCCCAAACGAAGCAAUGGGCUGCUUUUGAGGGAAAAGGUAUGAUUGGUGUGGUACUUCGUCAGUCUCCUGAGGGUGAAGAUACCGCUCGAUUUGAUUACGACCCAAGGGACGAGCUACUUUGUAAACCGUUAAAUUCCAUACCAAAAGCAGUGCCUUUACCAUCGCCAUCUCGGUCUCAGUUACGGGCUCGAAACACUUCUUCCUUCAAGUUUGUGCCUUUAAGAGACACUGAUGACCACGAUCUCGCAUAUUAUAAACCCCACGACGAUAAACAUAAUGUGCAUAAACCCAAUGACUUGUAAUUAUUUUAAAUUAAUCACUGUAUACUAGACUCUCUUUUUGUUUUGGAAGAGAAGGUACAUGUAAAAUAAACGUUUUAUC